ACGUUUGAUGACAUUUGUAAAUUUGACAGCGACGCAAUAAAAAUAAACAGCAUAUUCUUUUGGGUGUUUUUACCGCUUUUUAUAUAAAAACAAAUUUCAAAAUGUUAUUUUAUUCAUUUUUUAAGUCUUUAGUUGGUAAAGAUGUUGUAGUUGAACUAAAAAACGAUCUCAGCAUAUGCGGCACGUUACAUUCUGUGGAUCAAUAUUUAAACAUAAAGUUGUCGGAUAUUAGCGUUAUAGAUUCGGAUAAAUAUCCACAUAUGUUAUCAGUGAAGAACUGUUUUAUCCGUGGUUCUGUAGUCCGCUACGUACAACUUCCAGCUGAUGAAGUGGACACUCAAUUGUUACAAGAUGCUGCGCGUAAAGAGGCUACCGUUUCUACAAGAUAAACCUAACCUCAAACCGAGUAUUGGCUCAUUGAUUCCGGUCACGAAAGCAGUGGUUGUAAAUACUAAUUAUAAGUUUUGGAAUAAACACUCGAUGUGAAUGAGUA